AUGGCCAACUCCCAACUCAUCAGGCGUCCAUGUUUUUGCCCAAGAGAUCCCACAAAAUCUGAACUUGUACGUUUUUCCCCCCGAUUGUAUUGGUUGGCCUCGUACUGAGAUUGCUCCUGGAUCUUCCUCAUAUCACUGCCACCAUUAUGUUCUAUGACAUGGCAUCCACGGCGUUAUUGGUGGCCAAUUCUACAGGCACGUGCGAUUGACUUCUUUUUACUUGGAAAGCAAGGGGAUUCAUCCAGUCUCUUCCCAGUUUUUCCCAUCGUCUGCUGGCUUUGUUCCUAGACCUUUGCAGUAUGAUCUCCAUUUCUUCCGCUGGGCGUGGUAACACAUUCAUUCGGCUAGCUGGGUCUCCUUGGAUCGGCACGACUCUCUCGCAUUCUGUUCCACAGGAAUUUGUUUUUUAUGUGUUUUUUUUUUAAUUUUGUAUGGGAUAAUACUCGUCUCCUCGUAGGUGUCUCGGGUAUGGAAGCCAGCAUUACCUUGUAGUCGAUGUGGUCACCUCAAUGACUCGGAUGCCAUUUUUUGUCAGGCGUGCGGUGCAGCCCAGACACGUAGGGUGUCCCUGACUCCUCGACUCCAUUAUGCAUUUGCAGAUAUCGAUCAACGACUCAAUCACUUUCGUGCAACCUUUGGGGCGAAACCGUACGAGCGACAGAAGACCCGUUUGGAACUGCGCAUGUCCAGUUUCCUGGCAGCCAUUAAUCCGCCACGUACGAUAGCAUCAUGCACCGGGGAGGGCGUUGUUAAGUUCCUAAUCAGUCUUGAUACCGGCGGGAAAACAGUGGUUCACCGGCGGUCCUGUUUGCGGAUCUCGUGUACAUGUCCGUCUCGGUUGGCAGCAGGAACAGUCAAAAGUCACGUAGGGAAGCUGCGUGCCAUUUUUACCUCACUGGGCCGAAUCAACCAUGAGAAUCCAGCAUCUCAUCCCGAGGUAAAACGCUAUGUCAAAUUUAUGUGCGAGGAGCAGGCAGUGUGGCCACAGUCGUUCCGCGUCAGGCGACUCCUUUCCACCCGCAGAAUCUUGAAGUGUUGUUGCGUUAUUUGUAUGCUGAAUUGUGAGAUUCCAAACACCUGCCUCUUCAACGGUACCUUUUGGUCAGGGAUAUUGCUUUUUUCGCCGUUGACUUCUUCACAGGAGACCGUGCAUCUGACUUGGGGCGGCUGGAAUCGCGCUCGGUUUUUUGGUUAUCGGGGGAACCGGGGUUCCUCCUAAAUUUCACGUUUAGCAAGACGUUUCGCAACACGGAGAAUUCUUCUCGUUCUUUCGCGCUAUUGCCGGCGCCUACGCUUGCCAUAUGCCCAGUCUUUUGGUUCGGGUACUACUUGGACUACUGCCACAACAUGCGAAUCGAUCUUCGCCCGGGUUACAUUUCAGCGUAGCUGCCGGGCAACGCUCAGUGUCCGACCAGCCUUUCGCGGGUUCUGCGGUGAACAACCGUUUGCGAACCCACCUCUUUGCAGUGGGUAUUCAUUCUGGCGAGACGCCGCACUGUUUCCGCACAGGCAUCGCUACAACGUUGAGAGUGUUGGGAUUUUCUGUCGACGAGAUUGCAGAGUACGUCGGGUGGCGGUCGAUCGAGACUGCGCGGCACUAUGCGCGUCCUGCAGCACUCGCAAAACGGGUCGCGGUGUUCUCGUGUGUAGUUGCCGCAGUCCGGGAUUUGGCCAAGGACGGUUCCGUUGUGGCGUAA